GACGUAUCACAAAAUUAUCUUUGGACGUAUCACCGGAUUAAUAAAAGGCAAUUUAUAUAUGAUUAAAGUGCCUUUAAUUUCCAAAAUACUAACAGAUAAUAGGCUGCGAGGAUGAUUUUACAAUACAGUAACAAAUGGCCAUGGCCCUGAUUUUCAAAAUUUUGCUAGAAUAAAAUAAAUUUUUCUCUGGCGAGAAAAAUCACACAAAAAAUGGAGAGGACACUGUCAUAUGUGGCGAUUUCUCUAAUCUUUAUUGCCUCGACUAAUGCCAGUUUAUUAGCUUCACCGAUGUUCCCGCCAAUAAUUGAAACAGCAAUUUACAAUCAUAACUAUACAGAAUCUUUAAAUAGUUCGACGGAAUACAUUUUUGUCUUCAACAAAACGAAUGAAUCUUUAGAAGGAGCUCGCAUAACAGUCGGAAGUGAUGCAACAACUGAUUUUCCAUUAACCGUAGUCGUGAAACAAAAAAAAGGAAUUCUUUCCUGGCAGAUUCCUCUCCUAGAAUAUAAUACUACUAGUCGCACUCUGUGUUCAUUAAAUAAUAAAUCCAGCGAAGAAGAGGAGUUCGUCACUGUUAGCCUGUCCACAGGGAGUCCUGUUAAUAUAUCAUUUACACUUAUUCUAGUUCCAGUCAAAGAUUUUCAUAUAAGACCUGGCGAUACGAGAAAGGGUAUAUCAAUUUCGCCAUCAGAACCAGUUUAUUAUGCGUAUUCCUUUAUUAAUGGAACGGAAAACAAAUCUGUCAUUGUUAGACUCCAAUCGGACAGUGAAAUUUGCAUGACCUUCUCUAUUCAGAACACAUCAUGUCCUGUCUUCGAUCUCGAAAGAAAUAUCCAAUUUUCUGGAUACUGGCAAACUGUGAGCAAACAAGGUGGAAUUACCGUGCCCAAUGAAGAAUAUCCAAAUGGUUUCUUUAUAGUGCUGGUUGUGAAAGGCGAUGACAAAGACUGCACCGGUCUUCCUGGUUUGAUUACCCCUCGCAAAAAGAUUGUAUCUUUGACUGUAACGCCCAGUAUUUCUCAGGUAGAUUACAUAAUCGCAUCCCUCAUAGCCAUGAGCAUCGGUAUCGCCUUUUGCAUUGCUUACAUAGCAGGGGCUAUUUUGUACAAAAUCAAAGAAGGCAGAAUUCUUCGAGCAGAGCAGUUAUUAGACGAUCAGCAUGAGGAUGUGGUCAAUCAAUAUUUAGCGAGUCCUCCUAUUAUUGAAGAGGGAGGUUCAAGUCGAUGGGACGUCCAAGAAGAUUCUUCGCUCGAUGAAGAUGAUAUUGAUUUAAUGGAAGACGCUCUUUCAGACAAAGAAGUGGUGCGAACGAAACUUGUUCUUUCCGUUUGUGACUUGGCACGAAAAGAACCAAAGAUUUUAAGGCACAAAUCUCGACUCUAUAUGUAUUAUCUUGGCACCGUGGCUAUUUUUUACACCCUUCCAGUCGUGCAACUUGUAAUAACUUACCAGAACGUUUUGCAUGUCACUGGUAAUCAGGAUCUUUGUUACUACAACUUCCUCUGCUCGCAUCCGUUUGGCUUUCUCUCAGAUUUCAAUCACGUCUAUUCAAAUUUCGGAUAUGUCUUGCUUGGACUGCUGUUUAUAUUUCUAACAUAUACGAGAGAAAAGAGCAAUGUAGAUGUGACGAAAAAUAAGAGCUAUGGAAUCCCACAACAUUAUGGAUUAUUCUAUGCAAUGGGAAUCGCACUUAUGAUGGAAGGAGUGCUCUCUGGAAGCUAUCACGUCUGUCCUAAUCAUAGCAAUUUUCAAUUUGACACGAGUUUCAUGUACAUCAUAUCAGUUCUCUGCAUGGUGAAAAUCUACCAAAAUCGACAUCCUGAUAUAAAUGCACGAGCCCCAGUCACAUUUGGUGUCUUGGCUCUCAUAAUAUUUCUGGGACUCGUUGGAGUUCUCGACGGUUCAGUACUUUACUGGAUACUCUUCACAAUUAUUCAUUUAGUAGUUUGCUUGAUUCUCACCGCUCAAGUUUACUACAUGGGAAGAUGGAAACUUGAUGGAGGUGUCUUUCGCAGAGUUUUAAUGACAAUGAACCACGAUGCUCGAGCCGGAAUCAGAUACUUAGUCAGGCCUGUUUAUCCAGCCAGGUUGUGCAUCCUCAUAAUGGCCAAUUUAGCUAAUCUUGGUCUCGCCAUUUUUGGAAAUAUGCAUCACGAGAAAGAUUUCGCCACCUACCUACUCGCAGUUUUGAUGUCCAAUCUUCUUUUGUAUACGUUUUUCUACAUCGUCAUGAAGCUUUGCUACAAAGAAAGGAUUCUCCCUCAACCAGCGCUCUACAUAACACUCUCUUUUUUGACUUGGUCUUCUGCUCUCUAUUUUUUCAUAAACAAAACGAUUUCAUGGGCGUUGACGCCUGCCCAGUCCCGAAUGUACAACAGACCUUGUCUCCUUUUCAACUUUUUCGACUCCCAUGAUAUUUGGCACUUUUUAUCAGCCUUGGCAAUGUUUUUUUCGUUCAUGGUUUUGCUAACUCUCGACGAUGAUCUCACUGACGUUCAUCGCAGUCAAAUUCCAGUUUUUUAAUGAAGGAGACCCGUAAAUCGUUCUUGUUGUUAGAUUUUCCACGUUUUUUACGCUGCUGUGAUUCUAUAAUAAUUGUAAAAUGUAGAUAUAUAGUUGAAUUAAACCAAAACCCUUUCUUAUUAACUUACGAUUAGUUUAAAUUAGGGCUAAGUUCAUUCUUCUCCGUCAGAAGAAAUAUUAAAUUCCUGCAUCUUGAGAUUAUGAUUUUUUUCAAAGUUCAAUUAAGGAACUUUGUUAUUUUUUGAAUUCUUAUAAUUUUUUUUUGUGCGAAGUUAAGAAUCAAGUGAAAAGUAUGUAUAAUUCUUCGAUUAUUUGUUGUAAGUUUUGUGUACAUAAAAAUGUUAAAAAUAAAUUUAUCUU